ACUAAGCAAUUAGAGGCCUGGGAAACCAAAAGAAAAAAAACGAGAAAAUAUAGAGAUAUAUUAUGGGUUCUCUAACAGAAGCUUCACCAAAACUACUAGUAGUAGAUUUCAAUAAUGAAGAAUUAAGGCCAGGUACAGCCACUUGGGAAUCUACAUGUAAAGAUAUUAGGCGUGCCUUUGAAAACCAUGGUUGCUUCAUAGCACUUUAUGAUAAGAUCUCACCCCAACUUCGAAAAUCUAUUUUUCAAGCUAAUUCCCAACAAUUAUUUGAGCUCCCAUUAGAGAAAAAAGUCCUAAACACCAAUGAAAAGCCUUAUCAUGGCUAUGUUGGCCAAAUCCCAUUUCUACCUCAUCACGAAGCUUUUGGUAUUGAUUAUGCAACCACUUCUCAUGGUAUUCAAAGCUUUUCCAACCUCAUGUGGCCUCAAGGAAACAACUCUUUCUGUGAGAGUUCGUUGAUGUUUUCCAAGAUUGUGGCGGAGUUGGAUGAGAAGGUUGUAAGAAUGUUAUUUGAGAGCUACGGAAUAGCGAAAAACUGUGAAUCGUACUUUGAAUCAACCACUUAUCUCCUUCGAUACAUGAAAUAUGACGCACCAAAGACGAAAGAAACUAGUAUGGUUCUCCCCCCACAUACUGAUAAAACAUUCACGACCAUACUCUAUCAAAAUCACAUUUCAGGCUUGGAAGUGCAAACUAGAGACGGACAAUGGAUUACUCUGGAGUUCCCACCAUCUUCUUUUGUAGUCAUGGCUGGUGAAGCAUGCAGAGGAUGGAGCAAUGAUCGGGUGCUUACUCCAAUUCAUAAGGUGAUGAUGGAUACAAAUGGGAGUGAAACAAGAUACACUAUUGGAUUAUUUACUUACUUGAAGAAUGAUAAAUUGAUAGAAGUGGCAGAGGAACUGCUUGAUGAAGAACAUCCAUUGAAGUUCAAGCCAUUUACUCAUAUAGAUUUGAUCAAGUUCUUUGACACAGAACGUGGUCGAAGAUCGCAAAAUUUACUCAAAGAUUUUUGUGGUGUUUGAAAAAAUAAUAAUUUUCAUGUAAUUAUAUCAGGUCUCUAUAAUUUCUAUAUCCUGACCAAGUAAUUUACUUCUCCUGUCGCUUGUCUGUAUAAUGAACCCAAUAAAAUAUUGUACA